AUGGAGAGAGUCGGGGGAAAAUUAGCUAAACUUCGCUCGCAACUUGCUAAAUCUGACUCCCUCUUCUUCCUCUACUUCAUCUACUUCUUGUUCUUCUCCUUUUUAGGGUUAUUGGCACUCAAGAUCUCGAAGCCAAGAACCACUUCACGUCCUCAUGACUUGGACCUCUUCUUUACUUCUGUCUCCGCCAUCACCGUCUCUUCCAUGUCCACCGUGGACAUGGAAGUCUUCUCCAACACUCAGCUUAUCUUCCUCAUUAUCCUCAUGUUACUCGGCGGCGAGAUCUUCACCUCCUUUCUCAGCCUCUACUUAUCCCAUUUUACCAACUUUGUCUUCCCUCAUAACAAGAUUAGACAUCUAAAGGGCUCUUUUAAGGAGGACCGCAGGAUCGAGGAUCGCCAUAGUGACCCCGAGAAUGCUACAGAUAGUCGUGAAGGUCCUAGCCAGAUAAAGGAAAGGGCGUCUAAGUGCUUGUACUUGGUGGUUCUUGGAUACCAUCUUGUAGCAAACGUAGCUGGCUCUGUGUUGCUUCUUGUGUACGUAAACUUUGUUAAAACGGCAAGAGAUGUUCUUAGUUCCAAAGAAAUCUCAUCUCUCACCUUCUCUGUCUUCACAACUGUCUCCACCUUCGCAAACUGCGGAUUUGUUCCCACGAAUGAGAACAUGAUUAUCUUUCGCAAGAAUUCGGGUCUCCUCUGGCUCUUAAUCCCUCAAGUAUUGAUGGGGAACACUUUGUUCCCUUGCUUCUUGGUGUUGCUCAUUUGGGGACUUAAUAAGAUCACAAGGCGUGAAGAGUUUGGUUAUAUUCUGAAGAACCACAAGAAGAUGGGAUAUUCUCAUCUACUCUCCGUUCGCCUUUGUGUUAUUCUUGGAUUGACGGUGUUAGGGUUUCUAAUGAUACAACUUCUUUUCUUCUGCGCCCUUGAAUGGAGCUCGGAGUCUCUUGAAGGAAUGAGUUGGUACGAGAAGUUCGUUGGAUCGUUGUUUCAAGUGGUGAACUCGAGACACACCGGAGAAACAGUUGUCGACCUCUCCACACUUUCCCCAGCUAUCUUAGUACUCUUCAUCAUCAUGAUGUGA